UUGCAGACGACCCGUUUGCAGACUCGAGCAUUUCCGCCGGGCUGCACGCCAGCACCUCCGGGCAGCACAUAAUGGAUGACGACAACACCGACGCUGUUCCCCUCCACUCUGUGCGCAAGAGCGAGGAUCGCGGCGGGUUCCUCAGCAGCGUCGGGCUGAGCGGCUCGCGUGGCAAUUCGUACAAGCCGCUGGGCGAGGACGUCGAGACGCAUAGCGGGUACGCUGACAGCAGCUACAACACCAAGGCCGGCGAGUCGUACAAACCCAGCAGCAGCCCAUACAAGCCCGAUGGCGGCUCGUACAAGAUGGACUACGGCAGCGACAGCCGCGAGGCCGAGCUGCGGCGGCGGGAGGAGGAGCUGGCGGCACGGGAGCGCGCACUGAAUGAACGUGAGGAGACGCUGCGCACAAUGCCGCCGGGCACGCGACCGGCACUCAAUUUCCCACCGCUGUAUCCGAUUAUGUACCACGACAUCGACGCCGAAGUGCCUAUCGGCGACCGGCGGACGGUGCGUACAAUCUUCUACUGCUGGCUGGCGCUCGAGGCCAUGCUUCUGUUUAACUGCAUCUCGUGUCUGAUCGUGCUUGUGUCGCACGGCGAGGACGUGAGCAACGCCGGCGCCAGCUUUGGCUCCAGCUUUGUGUAUCUAUUCACCAUCUCGGCCGCCAGCUUCUUCUUGUGGUACCGCCCCGUGUACAACGCGUACAUGAAGGACUCGAGCAUGUUCUUCUACUUCUUCUUUGUCUUCAACGGCUUCCAUAUUCUGUUCGAUGCCUACAUGGCCGUCGGCAUCCCGGGCACUGGCUCUGCAGGCAUUAUUACAAUGAUCCAGUGCCUGUCCAGCAGCAAGAAGGCCGCUGCCGCCUUCUGCGGUAUCACUUUCUCUCUCUGGGUGAUGCAUGCCUUUGUAUCGCUGUUUAUGUACUUCAAGGUACGCCACCACUACCAUGCGCGUGGCCAUACGUUUUCGGAGGCAAAGUCACAGGCGUAUCAGGGGUUCGCCCAGAGUGGUGCAGGCCAGGCUGCAGUCAGCACUGCUGCGGGCGCAUACCUGCGGUCCAACACUGGCAAUUUUGUGUGAAUUUUUCAUGUUUAAAUCGAAUUUGGUUAUUUGCGA